GUAGUGCCCCUGACCUGUGGGGCGGGGCUCCGCGCUCCUGCCCUCGGCCCGGAUGGGUGUACUGGCUGGGACUUGGGGCUCCUGGAGUUAAUGUCCAACUGGGGGUCUGCGGAGACCAGAUCCGAGGUGCCGCCGCCGGACGGGACUCUAAGAUGAAGUUAUGUGAUGUCGUGGCUGUCUGCCUGGUGCUGUUCCACACCGCGUCCGCCUUCCCGCUGCCCGCCGGUAAGAGGCCUCCCGAGGCGCCCGCCGAAGACCGCUCCCUCGGCCGCCGCCGCGCGCCCUUCGCGCUGAGCAGUGACUCAAAUAUGCCGGAGGAUUAUCCUGAUCAGUUUGACGAUGUCAUGGAUUUUAUUCAAGCCACCAUUAAAAGACUGAAAAGGUCACCGGACAAACAAAUGGCAGUGUUUCCCAGACGAGAGCGGAAUCGGCAGGCUGCCGCUGCCCACCCGGAGAAUUCCAGGGGGAAAGGUCGGCGAGGCCAGAGGGGCAAAAAUCGGGGUUGUGUCCUAACUGCCGUCCAUUUGAAUGUCACUGACUUGGGUUUGGGCUACGAAACCAAGGAGGAACUGAUUUUUCGGUACUGCAGCGGCUCCUGUGACGCUGCCGAGACAAUGUACGACAAAAUAUUAAAAAACUUAUCGAAAAGUAAAAGGCUGGUGAGUGACAAAGUAGGGCAGGCCUGCUGCAGACCCAUCGCCUUUGAUGACGACCUGUCAUUUUUAGAUGAUAACCUGGUUUACCAUAUUCUAAGAAAGCAUUCCGCUAAAAGGUGUGGAUGUAUCUGACUCCGGCUCCAGAGACCGCUGUGUAUUGCAUUCCUGCUACAGUGCAAAGAAAGGGACCAAGGUUCCCAGGAAAUGUUUGCCCAGAAUGGAAGAUGAGGACCAAGGAAGCAGAGGAGGAGGAGGAGGAGGAGGAGAUGGCGAAGGAAAAGGAGGAGAAGGAGAAGGAGAAAGGCAGCCGUUGUGGGAGCCUGGUAGAGGGAGAUCCAGCCACAGCAAACUGGACAGGAGAGAGAGAAAGCAGCCGUCUGGAUUAUUCCGAUGGCAGCCGAUGCCACCAGAAGCUCAGGGCUGGUGUCCCUGGUUGGGUGUUGCCAUCGUUUCAUCUGAUACAGUCCACCAUCACCGGUCACGGGAGCAGUUGCGGAUGCACUUGAAACCAAACCAGUGUAUCUCCUGUGGUUUGUUUUCACAUGUCUGGAGACACCAGGGAAACGUAAGCCCGGUGUCAUUCCUUGUUAUGACGUUUUACUGCUGAAAGCAAGAAAGGUUUAUUUUUCUGUCACUCAGUGGAGACAUACCCCGGAAAAGAGGGGGCGGGGAAAAAAAGCAAAGACACGAGAUAGUAACCUUUGAAUUUGAAAGUUGAGGCCUGAGGUUUACUACAACCAGCAUGUUGUGAAUGGCUGGUGAUUGAUUUUUGAACAUGGUGUGUGGGGUGGGAAGAAGUUGGCUAGGAACCAAAAAAGGCUGUCCUCCUGACUAAAAACCAACCUGAAGGUACUUCCUUCAUGUCCUUGGAAACAGAAAACCAGUUGUGGUUUUCGGCAGCAUUCUUGCAGGAGAGCGAGUGGAGAAGGCUACCCGCUCCACCGGGGCAGGGAGACCCACCGGCCUGUCGGUUUACAGAGAGACAGAUGUUACAUACACCGCAGCUCCGUUUAUGCGUGGUCACCAGUGACCAGAGAAGCUACUCGAUGCAAUGCAUCUAUUUCAGAUACAGAAAUAUAGAGAAGAUAUUUAUUGAGAUUUAAGUUAUUGUUAUUUAUUACCGUUCACUAAUGAGUUUCUCUUUCUUCCCUUAUUUAUUAAAGUUUCUUUUCAAAGGUGCCAAAGUAUAUGUGCUCGCAAAAUGCAAAGAAAGGUGACAAAGGAAAUUUUAAUUGGGACAAGGGUCCAUGCUUGUCAAAGUAUUAAACGUUUUUCACUAGGCAAAAAUCACUUACUUUACCUUUGAAGAAAAGCCCUCAUUAAAUCUCCCACAUUUCAACAUCUUCCCUAGUUUUCUUUUUAACAAAAAGAAAUGCGUCCUGAAGGAACGUUUCUGACAGGCUCCCUUUUUGGGAGCCAUGUGCAGAGGCUGUUGGGCACUUGGUUUUAUUUCUUCGUUGCUCCAUCUCAGAACAGAAAUGCCAUAUGCUCCAUUUUCUGUUGUUUUUAAGCUCUUAUUCCCCUCCACAUAUAUCUAUGACAUGCAUAACCAUAUUUAUGAAAGGUUAAGUUUCUUUUAGUAGGUAGUCCUAGAUUCAAUGUUGACCUAAAAGUGAAAAUCCUGUCAGGUAGCCAGGAGUCCGUCCUGAGUGGAGACUCUUCCUCCAUCUUUCCACCCACUGUUCUUGAGAAACAGGGGUGCGCUGUACAGCGAAGGAGUGCACUGCUGGCCUUCCAGAAGUGAGAUCUGCUGGUUGCCAUAAAAGCCCGUUGGCUGUCAUCUCAGGGCAAUAGUUGCUGUUCCUGUACACCUGAUCCCUUCCUGGGAAGAAGGUGGCCCAGAAGGGUGGACGAGGAAGACAUGUCUGGCCUGGCCACACACCAAGGCUCAAAGCUCGCAGAGUGCACUACCUUUAUUUUUUUAUGUUUUUACUUUAUUGGGGAACAGUGUGUUUCUCCAGGGCCCAUCAGCUCUAAGUCGUUGUCCUUCAAUCUAGUUGCGGAGGGCGCAGCUCAGCUCCAA